ACCCCUGGCCAGAUGGUCAGGAUGUGGGUUUUGGGGUCCAACAAACUGGGGCUCCUGUCCUUCCUCGUGGGUGACUUUGGGCGAACCACAUGACCUCUGAGCCUACUUUCCAGUCCAAAUGAGGACGAACCCAGCACUCACUAACCAGGGUUGCAGUGAGGAUUAAACGUAAUCACCCACACAAGGCCCAGGUGCUUGUAAGUUCCACGUGUGGGGCCCGGCGCAGGCUGAAGGGACCGCAGGAAGUCCGCACCCUAGCCGACCUCUCUCACUAUCAGUUUUCUGAUCCUCAGGCUCAUCUGCUUUUAGGGAGCGCAAGGAUCGGGGAGGCAGGAAGGGAACGGAAGAUGGUUCUGGGAGACAGGGCUGACGUUAAGCACAGUCACUCGUUUCCCGGAUGUGGGCUCUGAAAACGGGUGGUGUGCGUGCAUUCGGGUGUCGGUUAGUGAUGGGACCCCGAGUCUCGUCUCUCCUGUGCGCUAGGUACCACGUGGGCACGGGCUGGGCUGCACACUGACUUGAAGAAGCUGAAGGCCCAGGCAGUGCCAGGGCAUAUGGCCUUCAUAGGGCAGAGGAUGGCCUGCUGCUUCCAGGGAACCGCACCCGCAGGCAUGCGCGAGUUCCCUGAGGGCCACUCUGAGGCAUUUCCGGAGUGUGGCGGGCCCCGCCCCUCCCCUCCCCUUGUGCCUUAUGAGAAUCUGCUUCCCUCAUCACUGGCCCCGCCUGGGUCUCCACCAGGUGCCCCUGUGGGCGGGUGGUCCCAGCCCGUGCAGCACUGGCUCAGACAGAUCACAGAAUGCCAUCGGGCCUCGACUGUGACCGCACCAGCGGGUCCCGAGCUGUGCACUGGCGGCAUCGUGGGCUGUGAGGCGUCCUACCGAUUGGCAGAAGGAGCGCGUGGGUGGACCUGGCCUAAGUGGCUUAGAAUCCACUUUGAUUUCCCCAGCUGUGUAAACUCUUGAGGCAAGAAGCCGAGCCCCAGCUGGCACUGAAUGAGACGGGCCGGCACCCUACGGGCUGCAUUGCAUUCACCUGUUCCCCCUCCGAGGCUCCCUCUGCGUCUGGGGAGGAGAGGGGCGAGCGGAGGGCCGGGGUGUAGCAGCAAGCCUUAGCCUGGGAGCUCGGGCUGCCUGGCCACAUCUAGAAGAUUCCUAGGACUUUCUCCCGAUGUUUCAUCUCGUUUCUCAUCUCCUGGAUCGUGUUUUUGCUUCCUGGGCUCUCUGCGUGGAUCGGAGGCAAGAUCAUUUUUAUCGUUCUUUGCUGUGGAAAGAAGUCAUGAGAUUCCGGGAGUGCUUCCGCCAGCCUCUCCGCUUCUGGGGUUCCCCGUGGGAGCCCUGGAGGCCACGGUCUGUUCUUUUGCCGUGAGCAGGGCUUGAAUUGUGGCAGCCAAGUCGGUGGGGGGCUCGGCGGGUUAGAGGACAUCCCCUGCCUUGGUUUUCUGGGCUUGGUGCCAGCAGCGCUUGGGGCCGUGUGGGCUCUGCAGCGCUCAGCCGGUCCUGGCCCGGCCCCUGCCCAGCACCGCCCGUGGCCCCUGCCGCCCUCGAGGUGAACCGCAGCUCUGCGGCAGGCCGGGACGGGCCACGCGUGCCCCUCGGCAAGGCUUCCGUCCUUCCAGGGUUUGCUUUAUUUGACCCGAGGGCCCCGCAGGCUCUGAUGGCCUGUGGUCUGUGUCUUCAAAGCCGCCGUGGGAGGAGCUGAAGUGUCUGGGGGACAGGACAUGCCAGCUUGUUGCCCCGCCACCGCUCUUCCCCAGCCCGGCUGGGUCAGGGAGGACUGAGCAGGGGGCGCGGUUGGAAAGGGCACUCUGAUAAUCAGCCCGCAGUGGGUGCUCAGGAACCAUGGGAACCGCCUCGUGUCUCUUUCUCCCCUUGCCUCUCAGAGCGGGCAGGGGUCCUUUGUCCUGGGGUGGUCACUUCAGGGUCUCGUAUUGGCAAGGGGCAAAGCCUUCUGGGAGUCUUAAGCCUCCCACUGGAAGGGGGAGCACCAGCUCUGUCCAUGACUUCUCUAAAGCCGUCCCCUCCUGCAAGGGAACUCAGACUUGUGCCUGCAAAGCCGCUAAUCCCAGAGGAUGAGGAAUCCCAGCGUCUGGCGAGGCCUCCAGCCAUUCGGUGCCCUCGCAGGAACUCGAGCCCGGCCCACUCACAUUGGCUGGCCUCGCUAGACGACCCUGGCUCUUCCAGAACCGGGUCACCGUGGCCAUGUUUAGAUUUCCCUAAAACAAAUAUUUGUCUGGCCAGCCCUGUUCAGUCAAGAAGUGUGCUGAGCAGCGGGGGUGGGGGUAGGGGGGAGCCGUUGCACAGCAGCCGCUGCCCCUGGAGGGGGAGGAGAGAGUGGGAUGGCCUCUGGGGGAGGGUUGCACAUCCAUCCUCUCAUGUGGAGCUCCCCCGAUGUCCAGCGAAUAUCUGCCUGGGCCUCUGAGCACCUCUGGUGAGGCACGAGAGGUUCCCCCGCUGGCCAGCAAGCUGACAGCACCGGUGAGGAGGUUUGCAGACCCACUGCUUAACGCUCAGUUCUUGGUGCGGGAGUGACUGUGUCUCCCAGCGGGCUGUAGGGGAGACCAUGAUUGCUGUGGCUCUCCGAGGAAUGCCUCCUGUGUGCCGGGGCCGUGUGAGGUGCUGAGACGCUGCUGUGAACGGGACAGACGCGGGGGAGACAGAAAGGGGACCCGUGAACAGCCACUGUGACGAAUGCUCGGAGGGCAGGGCAACCAGGUGGCAGGUGAAAGCUUCUCGCUGAAUUCCGAGGGGGAGGAGAGGAUGGCCACUGGGGCGCCGACAUCCGACCGGGGCGACGCAGUCGAGAUGGAGGACCCAGCCUCCCGCUUCCAGGUGCAGAAGCACUCGUGGGACGGGCUCCGGAGCAUCAUCCACGGCAGCCGCAAGAACUCGGGCCUCAUCGUCAACAAAGCUCCACAUGACUUCCAGUUUGUGCAGAAGACGGACGAGUCGGGCCCCCACUCCCACCGCCUCUACUACCUGGGGAUGCCCUAUGGCAGCCGAGAGAACUCCCUCCUCUACUCCGAGAUCCCCAGGAAGGUCCGGAAGGAAGCACUGCUGCUCCUGUCCUGGAAGCAGAUGCUGGAUCACUUUCAGGCCACGCCGCACCACGGGGUCUACUCCCGGGAAGAGGAACUCCUGCGGGAGCGGAAGCGCCUGGGCGUCUUCGGCAUCACCUCCUACGACUUCCACAGCGAGAGCGGCCUCUUCCUCUUCCAGGCCAGCAACAGUCUCUUUCACUGCCGGGACGGCGGCAAGAACGGCUUCAUGGUGUCCCCCAUGAAGCCCCUGGAAAUCAAGACCCAGUGUUCCGGGCCCCGGAUGGACCCCAAGAUCUGCCCCGCCGACCCCGCCUUCUUCUCCUUCAUCAACAACAGCGACCUGUGGGUGGCCAACAUCGAGACGGGCGAGGAGCAGCGGCUGACCUUCUGCCACAAGGGCUUGUCCAGUGUCCUUGACGACCCCAGAUCCGCGGGUGUAGCCACCUUCGUCAUCCAGGAAGAAUUUGACCGCUUCACUGGCUACUGGUGGUGUCCCACAGCCUCCUGGGAGGGUUCAGAAGGCUGCAAGACGCUGCGGAUCCUGUACGAGGAAGUGGACGAGUCCGAGGUGGAGAUCAUUCACGUGCCCUCUCCCGCGCUAGAGGAGAGGAAGACGGACUCCUACCGGUACCCCAGGACAGGCAGCAAAAAUCCCAAGAUCGCCUUGAAACUGGCUGAGUUUCAGACCGACAGUCAGGGCAAGAUUGUGUUGACGCGAGAGAAGGAGCUGGUGCAGCCCUUCAGCACGCUCUUCCCGAAGGUGGAGUACAUCGCCAGGGCCGGCUGGACACGCGACGGCAAAUAUGCCUGGGCCAUGUUCCUGGACCGGCCGCAGCAGCGGCUUCAGCUCGUCCUUCUGCCCCCGGCCCUGUUCAUCCCCACCGCCGAGAACGAGGAGCAGCGGGCAGCCUUCGCCAGAGCCGUGCCCAGGAGCGCCCAGCCGCACGUGGUGUACGAGGAGGUCACCGACGUGUGGAUCAACGUUCACGACAUCUUCUAUCCCUUCCCCCAACCAGAGGGAGAGGAUGAACUCUGCUUCAUCCGCGCCAACGAGUGCAAGACUGGCUUCUGCCACUUGUACAAAGUCACCGCUGUUUUGAAGCCCCGUGGCUACGACUGGACCCAGCCCUUCAGCCCCGGGGAAGAUGAAUUUAAAUGCCCCAUCAAGGAGGAGAUCACACUGACCAGCGGCGAAUGGGAGGUUUUGGCAAGGCACGGCUCCAAGAUCUGGGUCAACGAGGAGACAAAGCUGGUGUACUUCCAAGGCACGAAGGACACGCCCCUGGAGCACCACCUCUACGUGGUCAGCUACGAGUCAGCCGGCGAGAUCGUGCGCCUCACCACGCCCGGCUUCUCCCACAGCUGCUCCAUGAGCCAGAACUUCGACAUGUUCAUCAGCCACUACAGCAGCGUGGGCACGCCACCCUGCGUGCAUGUCUACAAGCUGAGCGGCCCCGAUGACGACCCCCUGCACAAGCAGCCCCGGUUCUGGGCCAGCAUGAUGGAGGCGGCCAGCUGUCCCCCGGAUUACGUGCCCCCGGAAAUCUUCCAUUUCCACACGCGCUCGGAUGUGCAGCUCUAUGGCAUGAUCUACAAGCCGCACGCCGUGCAGCCAGGGAAGAAGCACCCCACUGUCCUCUUUGUGUACGGAGGCCCGCAGGUGCAGCUGGUCAAUAACUCCUUCAAAGGAAUCAAGUAUUUGCGGCUUAACACUCUGGCGUCUCUGGGCUACGCCGUGGUCGUGAUUGACGGCAGGGGCUCCUGUCAGCGAGGGCUCCGAUUUGAAGGGGCCCUGAAAAACCAAAUGGGCCAGGUGGAGAUCGAGGACCAGGUGGAGGGCUUGCACUUCGUGGCCGAGAAGUACGGCUUCAUUGACCUGAGCCGGGUUGCCAUCCACGGCUGGUCCUAUGGAGGCUUCCUCUCGCUCAUGGGGCUGAUCCACAAGCCCCAGGUGUUCAAGGUGGCCAUCGCAGGUGCUCCGGUCACAGUCUGGAUGGCCUACGACACAGGGUACACAGAACGCUACAUGGAUGUCCCAGAAAACAACCAGCUUGGCUACGAGGCGGGUUCCGUGGCCCUGCACGUGGAGAAGCUGCCCAAUGAGCCCAACCGCCUGCUCAUCCUGCACGGCUUCCUGGAUGAGAAUGUGCACUUUUUCCACACAAACUUCCUCGUCUCUCAGCUGAUCCGAGCAGGAAAGCCUUACCAGCUCCAGAUAUACCCCAACGAGAGACACAGCAUCCGCUGCCCCGAGUCCGGCGAGCACUAUGAAGUCACACUGCUGCACUUUCUACAGGAAUACCUCUGAGCCCGCGGGCCGCCACGUGCGGGCCUGCACAGUCAGAGCACAAGUGGCUUCGCCGCCGCCGUUGCCGGAGGGACCGAGCGGCCCCGCAGGCCCUGUGCAGCGCCUCCUCCCACCGGCCCCGCCAGACCGCCCGCCCCCGGAGCUGCCGCCUUCGCCCCAACGCCUUUUACGGUUUUCGUUAACGCUCCUGGGGUUUCAGCCUGCUGCUUCUUCGUGGCCAGGAUGGAGAGAUGAGACCAACGUCCACGAGGCACUUCCUCAAGCCAUCCCUCCUCUCCCUGUCAUCCAGGAGCGGGAGCCUCAACUCCGCUGGGCACUGGAGGCCAGAAGAGACUCGGAGGAGCCAGCCUUUGCCCCGGGGACCCCCAGGCCCAGCCCGGCCGCCGGCGCAGAAGCAUGCGGUUGCCUUUCCUCCCCACCCGCCCACUUCAUAUUUGUGUUUCGUUUUGUUUUUCUUUUGGGGGGUGGGCAUUUUUAUGAAUUAUUUAAAAGAAAGAUAGCAAGGGGUGCCUAAAUCUAGAUUCAGGGUCUGCCGCUGGGCCACGGGGUUCACCCCAGCCAGCACCCGAAGCCCACAGCAGGAGUCGCGCCUGGCAGGCCGUGAGCGGCGCGCAGGGAAGCGGGGCAGCCUUCCGGCCCGGCUUUCAGGCAGGCUCUGAAGCGCACCCGGCCCCGUUCUCCCCAGCCCAGCCCUCCGCCACACGUUUCUGCCUGGCCCGCCGGCCCAGACCGGGGUUCCAGGGCUGGGAGUGGAACCCUCCCCGCCUCAGGGUUAUCCUUACUCCUUCCUUUCCCUCCCGCCAAGAGUUCUGCCAGGGGCGGGUAGGAAAAAAACAAAAAAACAAAACAAAAAAAAAAACCCCACCAGAGACGAACCACCUCUACACAUUAUGAAAAGAAAAUAUUUUUGUCGAUUCUUAUUCUUUUAUAAUUAUGCGUGUAAGAAGUAGACUCAUUAAACGAUUCCAGAUGGAAGCGUC